AAAUUCUAUAAAAAGGGAAAAUAAAAUAAAAACAAAAAUCCUCGAGUAAUUUUUUUAUUUUUUUCAAUCAACAGAAGUAAAUCUAUCAGUUUGUUAACUAACAAUUGCUCUCGCCAACGAUCUAAUACAGGUAUUGAAUUGUCGAUUGUGGGUUUUGUGAGAGAAGCGAAUUUGAUAUAUAUAUAUAUAUAGAAUGAUGGAAUCAACAACAAGUCAGACAGAGUUUGAUUAUUUGUUCAAGUUGUUGAUGAUCGGAGACUCUGGUGUUGGCAAGAGCAGUCUUCUUCUCAGUUUCACAUCCGACACCUUCGAAGAUCUUUCUCCCACCAUUGGUGUUGAUUUCAAGGUCAAAUAUGUCGUUGUUGGGGGUAAAAAAUUGAAGCUUGCAAUCUGGGAUACAGCUGGUCAGGAGAGAUUCAGAACAUUGACAAGCUCAUACUACCGAGGAGCACAAGGGAUCAUUAUGGUUUAUGAUGUGACACGUCGAGAUACGUUUACUAAUCUGUCUGAGGUAUGGGGGAAGGAAAUUGAGCUCUACUCAACUAAUCAAGAUUGCAUCAAGAUGCUUGUUGGAAACAAAGUUGAUAAGGAAAGUGAGAGGGUUGUAACAAAGAAAGAGGGGAUAAACUUUGCAAGGGAAUAUGGAUGCCUUUUUAUUGAAUGCAGUGCAAAAACUCGAGUUAAUGUGCAGCAAUGCUUUGAAGAGCUUAUUUUAAAGAUUUUAGAUACGCCUAGCCUCUUAGCUGAGGGCUCCAAGGGUGUCAAAAAGAAUAUCUUCAAGGAGAAGCCACUGCAAUCUGAUGCAGCAACCAGCAAUUGCUGCUGAUUUUCUUCCUUGCUAUCAAGGUUCUCGCAAUUCUCAGUUACAAGCAGUUGUUGCUGAUGCCCUUCUACAAUCUCAAAGUUUCUAAUAUUUCCCAGGUUCUAACUCUAGUGUUUGAUUCCUCAUCACAUCCACGAGAAAAUAUUUUAUACCAUAUUUGUGUAAUUUCCACUCUUUUUAUCUGUAAACUAUUAUCUGUACCGUUGAAAAUGAAUUUUUGAACGUAAUGUCAAGACAUGAAAGGAAUUCUUAAUGAAGUUUAGCAUUUUGAAGCUCAUUUGCUCUGCAAUUUGUA